AUGUCGACGAUCGAUCCGACGGCGCGCCUGGACGCGCGCGGGACGCACGCGAGAGCGGAUGAGGUGCGAGCGCUGGCGAAGGAUUUGACCGAGACGGCGACGCGGACGCGAGGGGCGAGCGCGGACGCGGACGCGGACGCGGUGAAUCGCGCGGCGAGGGCGUGCGGGACGUUCGCGGCGCUGGGAUUGGUGGACGCCGAGGACGUCGUGAGGGACGGGAAGAGAGGCGGGGCGGUGGACGCGGCGGCGCGCGGCGCGGGGGACGUGACGGCGAUACUGGAGGAGCACGAGACGACGUUGGUGGCGGUGUUGGACGCGUUGCCCGAGUUUUUAAACGCGGCGGCGCGCGCGCUCGCGAUGCGAUUGCGCAGUCACGCGCCCGCGGGAUCGUCGACGGUGGCGGAGGUGGAGCGUGUGUUGAAGAUUCGCGAAUUGCGCAGCGCGUUUGCGUUUAACAAGGUGAUUGCGAAGAAGUUUCACGAGUUUAUGCGCGUGCAUUUCGACGCCGACUCCCCCGCGGGCGUGGCGGUGGCCAAGCUCGGGUGGGCGCUUUACGUGUGCGCCAAGUGCGAGUCUUUACCGACGUUUCCAGAUUUGUACUCGUGCUACCACUUGCUCGUCGCCGUGGAGGCGUUUUUGUUAAUCAACGCCCCGCGAGAGUCGUUGAGAACGUCGCUGAAGAAUAUGGUGAGCAUGACGGCCAAGGACGAGACGACGAAGCUUCCAGAUCCGCUUGCCAGUCUCAGUUUGGCGUCGAAAGCCAAGAAGGAUACCGUGCGCGCGAUGUCAGACGCCGUGCUCAAGGUGGUGAAAGCGUCGUUCCCGGAGGCUACGAUGGAUGCGUCGAAACACUUUGACGACGUCGCGCCGAGCGACAUGUGCGCACAAGGCGUCUUCGACGGCGAACGGGACGUGUCUGCAUCCGUCGUCGAGCGUUACUCUCGCGUCGCGUCGGAAACGUUUGGCCGUCUCGCCGUUGACGAGACGUUGUACUUGUACACGGAGAUGACGAGCGCAGAGUCGCGAGGAAGGAAAAUCAUCGGCGAUCUCGCCGAUUGCAAGACGACAACGACGUACGGAUCGAUGGCCACGCCCGCUCGUCGCAAGCGCGUGGCGCCUUUCUCGCCAAUCAGACCGAAGAAAAUUCCCAUACACGGCGUCCCGCCGAGUCCGAUGCACUCGUUGCGCGGGAUCAUGGCGAGCGGCGUUGGCGGCGUCGCCGCGACGCCGAUUAGUCAAGCCAUGGCGAGCGCAUCGUGGUUACAAGACGUCGUGUGUGGCAGCUCAGAUCUCGAGACGAAAACUGCAGAGUUACAACGCUUCGUUCCGGACAAUCCCGAAAUCGUGCAAGCGUUGAAGAAAAAAGUCACAAACUUUGGGCAAAGAAUAGGACAAGCGAUCCGCGAGGACGCGCUGGUGACGACUAUGCGCACGGACAUCAGUCCGCACAGCACGGUGAUGGAUGAGUUAGUCAAACAGCGAACAUCCGAGGUGUCGCACGUCUUCUUUUACUUUUUGAAUCGCAUUUUGAAGGACGAACUCGAGCGAAUCGCCGGGGACAAGAAGGAUGUCAACUUUACCACCUUGCUCGCGAGCGACCGCUUCACAAAGUCGUUGGUGACGUGCUGCAUGGAAGUCGUCGUUUCCACGUACAAGACGUCCACGUUGGCGUUUCCGGCGACGACACACUUGAUGGGAAUUCACCCGUUCGAUUUAGCGACCAUCAUCGAACCCUUUGUGCGCGCAGACAUGAGCAUGCCGCGCGAGAUUCAGCGACACUUCAACUCGCUCGAGGAAAAGACGCUCGAGCGCCUGGCGUGGUGCAAGGGAUCGACGUUGUUUGAGUUUUUGAAAACGUUUCACGAGAGCGCGCGUGGCAGUGGUGGAGCGUCGACGGCAUUGCCGGGACGAACGGCGCCUAGGUCACCGCAAGCGCCCAAACGCGUGAGCACACCCGUCUUGAACGUGGCGUCUGUGGCGGAGGUCGCGGCGAUUGGCGGCACCGAGCGCGAAGGCUCGUCGGGCGAUGACGCAGACCUCGUCAUGGCGCAGUGUCAAUCGCCAGUGCGACGCGCACCGACGAGCGCGUUUUCAGCGUUUUCGUCUCCUUUGCGUGGUGCGACGACGCCGCGUCGGCGGGUGUCUCGAGGCGAACCGUUGCCCGUGCGUUUCGCCGCCGUUCGAAAUCACACCGUCGAACAGCCGAGUGGGUGCGACGUGUGUGCGUUCAAGGCGCUCCGAAUGUUCUUUGCCAAGGUUAUGCAUCUUGCGGCGAGACGUUUAGGGGACUUGGCGUCGAGAUUAAACUUGUCAACGGACGUCACGCGCGACAUUUACGCAUUGAUUGAACACGUCGUGUACGAACAGACUAAUCUCGUGUACAACAGGCACAUCGAUCAAAUCAUCUUGGUCUCGGUCUACGGUGUGUGCAAGGCGAGCGCUGGGAUUUCCUCGAACUCGCUGCAGUUCAAGGAUAUCAUAUACCAAUACUCCAAGCAGCCGCAAUCGAGCGAAGAGAUAUUCUGGGCCGUGGUGUUGGAGCAAAACGACCCCGAGCUCGAAGUCGUCAAUCGGGGCGACAUCAUUUCCUUUUACAACAAGGUCUUCGUCGGGCGGGUUAAGGAGUUUUUGUUGACGCUCCGCGAGCGCCCUGCGCGAGAUACGACCAAUCUAGAUACCGAUGGUGGCGAGCAAGGAAAUACCGUGAGCGUAGACGACGCGCUUCCGUUUGGGUUGUCGUCGCCUCGGCGGCGUUUACCCAUCGACAACCAAAACAUUUACGUGUCGCCAAUGCGUCCCGAACGCGUUGCCAGCAUGCUCCACGAAGGCGCACCGCCAACGCCACGCACGCGAAGCCUGUUUGCCACUAUCGGUGAGAGCGUGUACGCAUAUACAUCACCGUCAAGUGACUUUGAAGCAAUCAAUCGCAAGCUACUGAUGGACAAGCCGAAACCGCCGAAGGGACGCUUCGCCCCGAACGUCCCGAAAUUCGGUGAACACGAUCGUUGA